CAGGGACAAAAAAAAAUGGUGGACGCAAGGAUGUGUCGGGCGUUUUAAAAUAGAAACCAAUUUUUAGAUGCAAUUUUCCAAAUAAUCCUCAAUUCCCCAGCUCUAGAUUUAAGUGCAAUAUAUUUUACAUUACUUUUACCAUAUUAAUUUACUAGAUAGGCCCAAACCCACCAUGUCAGACCGUAGAGCAGAAUUGGAAAGGAAAAAGCUCAAACUCCAAGCUUUGAGGGAGGAAAAAGAACGGCGGAGACGCGAAAAGGAAAGAAUCGAAGUUAAGGAAGCCACAGACAGAGUCCAGCUGGCUGCGGGAGGAGACAGGAAGGACAUCGACGAAGUCCUCAACGAAAUUGGUGUGGCCUCGUUGACCGAAGUCUAUUCUAGUAUUUCUAGUGCAAACACUGCAAAUUCCUUGACCCCUGAACCCAGCAGGAAUCAUACGCCUGAUACAUCGUUGCAGAUUAAUAAUUUACCUAACAAUGUAAUUGCCGUAAGAAAAAAGGUCCCUCAACUGACUGUCGUCCCAGUCCAAACUACCAGUAUUCCACCUAAAGAAGUUGUAGUUUAUACGAAACAAACGCAAACGACAGCAACAGGACAUGAACUCAGAGAUGGCUAUAUGGAGGACUGGUGGAGACCUCGAAAAGCACAUGCCACAGACUACUACGACGAAUACAACCUAAACCCAGGUUUAGAGUGGGAAGAUGAGUUCACAGGAGAAGACGAAGAGAAUUCGUUGCCCCAUCUCGGUGUCAGCAAGCUACCGCCCGGUUGUCUACCACACGGGCUGCCGCAGGUUAAGGAAGUGCAGCCGGCUGUCACUCAGGUGGAACAAGAGGCCAAAAAGGAAGAAAAUAAAGAGAUAAGAGAGCUUAGUGAAGAGGAAAAACAAAUGAUUAUACUUUCUGAAGAAUUCCAACAGUUUGUUGACCAUGCUGGGAGAAUUAUGGAAAGGGCCUUAUGCGAAAGUGUAGAUAUUUAUACAGAUUAUUCUGGCAUAGGCGAAGAAGGUCUAGACGAAAAGUGCCAUCAGAGGAUUUCAUUCAAUAGGACUUUCUUUGAUGAAAGGUGGUCAAAAAAUCGUGCAAUUACAUCAUUGGAUUGGUCGCCACAAUUUCCAGAAUUACUAUUAGCUUCCUAUACGAAUAACGAAGAAUCCCCCAACGAUCCUGACGGAGUAGUUCUAGUUUGGAAUACCAAAUUCAAGAAAGCCACUCCGGAGUACGUUUUUCAUUGUCAGAGUGCUGUGUUAUCUACUACAUUCGCAAGGUUUCAUCCUAAUUUAAUAUUAGGAGGCACAUAUUCAGGCCAAAUUGUCCUGUGGGACAAUAGAGUGCAAAAAAGGACACCUAUACAAAGGACACCGUUAUCUGCCGGUGCACAUACUCAUCCUGUCUACUGCAUGUCAGUGGUGGGCACGCAAAACGCGCACAACCUCAUCAGCAUUUCCACCGACGGCAGGAUGUGCUCUUGGUCGCUGGACAUGUUAGGACAACCGCAAGAAAUUCUAGAUUUGCACAGGAUGCAAGGCAAACCGGUAGCUGUGACUUGUUUGGAUUUCCCUAGUUCGGAUGUUAAUAAUUUCGUUGUAGGAUCUGAAGAAGGUGCUGCUUAUUCAGCGUGUAGACAUGGAGCGAAAGCAGGAAUUACAGAAACUUAUGAUGGUCAUCAAGGGCCUAUUACAGGCAUAAGUGUUAAUGCAGUGCAAGGAGGCAUUGAUUUUUCCCACAUGUUUCUUACUUCUUCAUUUGAUUGGACUACAAAGUUGUGGAGCUUAAAAGACUCAAAACCAAUUUACUCAUUCGAUGACAACAGUGAUUAUGUACUAGACAUCAAAUGGUCGCCAGUCCAUCCCGCUCUUUUUGCUGCUGUAGACUGUAGUGGACGCUUAGAUUUGUGGAACUUAAAUCAAGACACAGAAGUGCCAGCGGCCAGUGAAACUGUCGAAGGAAUGCCCGCUUUAAAUAAAGUUUCGUGGACGCCAUCUGGAUUGCACGUCACGGUUGGGGAUAAUUUAGGCAGAAUUCAUGUGUAUGAUGUUGCAGAGAAUUUUGCCCAUCCCAGGCACGAUGAAUGGAACAAAUUUCUCUACACCACACAAGAAUUGCGCAACAGUCAAGUAGACGAGGAUUUGGUGAAACUUAAUUAUUCGGUGUCAAGCAUAAAUACGUCGUUUUAAAGUCCUAGGAAAUAAUUUUGGUUUCCAAUUAUUUUUAAUCAUUAACCUAGUCAAAAUUUAUUUAUGUUUUUUCUUUGAAGUUCUGAUUAAAAUACUCCAAAAUUUGAGUAGUAUAUAGGAAAAAUACUAUAACAACAGAACAGUAGGUUAUGUCAGGAAAAGUUUGUAAUUAUGUUUGAUAGUCCUUUUAAAAAUGAUAGAAGUUGAAUUCUAUUAUUUUUAAAAUUGAUUAAGUACACCCAGCAUUGUGAUUAUGUGACCUGUUAAGAUUGAAGUAUAUAGAAAGCGAUUUUUUUACUCAGAUUGUAGACUGUAAGUCUUGUUAAAUAUUAGUUUUUUUUUUGUUAUGUAAAUUGAAAAAUAUCGAUAAAUUAAUGUGCUUUGUCCUCCUUCAAAAAGUAAAAAUAUCUAAUAUUGUAUUUUAACCACAAUAAAAUCUUCGCGCUUAUAUUGUUAAUGAUGAUAGUUUCACUCACAGAAAAAUAAUUUUGUUAAAAUGUGCCUGUACAUAAGCUAAUUUAUUUUUUAUUAUUAACAGAUAAUUUAGUGAUUCUUUUUGAUACUUAUUUUGUUUUAUAUAGAUACUUUUGUGCCUCAGUGUACAUAUUAUUAUUAAAUUAUUUCAAAAAUAAAUUUGGCAUUCAAUAAUAAGG